UAAGGGCGUUUAUUAUUUUUUUUUAAACAGCCGCGGUACAGCAACAACAACAUCCUCCCUGGAGACGGUUGAUAAGGAAACGACAAUAACAAACAGAUGCUUACGUGAACGAUGCAGGGAUCUACUCAGAUGAGACGGCAAGCGGCUCAAGACUUCGAGUCCUGCUACGAGUCCUUGUGUGCGACUCAGGGCUUGGCUCCGGUAACUGCUGUGAAGUUGGGUGUGCACCAAGGAGUGCUGGACUUUAAUGGAGAUGCCAUCAGCUUCCCAGACUGGGCGCCUGUACUGUCAGCAUUAGCCAUCAACAAACAGCUGCAUUAUGUCGCUGUCAGAAGUUACUAUCUCACUAGUCUGGGUUCUCAGGGUUCCUAUAAGGCCUCCGUCAGGAAGAAGGCUCCUGUUGUCCAUUCAAAGAGCAUGACUCUUCAGCUUUGCAAAGCCGUGCAGAAAUGCCUGGGUGUUUCGCAUAGCCUUAAAACACUCCACCUGCACGGGCUGCCUCUGAGAAAGCGAGACCUUGACACACUCACUAAGGGUUUGUCCAAGAGCGUGUCAUUGGAGCACUUGUCUUUGGCACGCUGUCCCAUUGCGGACGAUGGAUUAGAGACUGUCUGUCAGAGUGUGAAGUAUUCAGCAACUAUUAAAACGGUGGAUUUCACUGCCUGUAAUAUUACAUGGCGAGGUGCAGAGCAUAUGGCAAACAUUAUAAAGCACCAAGCAGUGAAGCGACACAGCACAGUGUGGGCGGACACUUUGAGGUACAGGAAGGCGGAGUUUGAGGCGAUGGGUGGGCUUCGCAGGAUCACAUUUAACGAAAACAUUCUAAUAGGUGACAGAGGAGUCACCUCAAUCGCUCGGGAACUCACAGAGGACCUGUGGGUCAAAGCAGUGGACCUGCAACGGUGUGGCAUCUCAAAUGAUGGAGCUCAUGUUCUGGAGAAAAUGCUCCAGUCCAACACCACUCUGUGUGUCCUGGACAUCCGGAGGAACCCCCUAGUGGAUAAUGAACUGGUGAAGUCUGUGAUUAAGAAAGUGCUUAUGAACAAUAAAAGUCAGGACUUGCAGUAUUUAUGGUUGAAACCUCCAGCUAAAGAUGCAAAUGAGCACUCGGGACGGACAACCAGGAGAAGCACAGGAAGAGCUACCUACGGAAUUGUUAAAGGCUCAUGGCGGGUAUCUUCAGCACCAGGUGGAAGGAAGCCUCCUCGUCCUGGCAGUUCUGGUCAUAUCCCAUGGCGCACUGCAGCACGGGCCAAACUUCAGCGGGGUCUGCCUCAGAGUGCCACAACAAUAGCAUAUCGGGGCUUUCAGAAUGCCUCCUCCAUUCAAGUCACGUUAGAGUCAGAGAGCGAGUCAGAGUCUAAAGAAAGUGAAAGUGUGUGUGCACCGAGUGCUCGUGAGAACAUCAGCAGCAGCCAAUUCAGACGUCUACAGGCAGAUUACAGGAGUCUUCAGGAGCAGCUGGGGGAAUGCAAGCUCCGACUCGCCGAGGAGAGAAAUGCAAGACUGAAAGUCACUUCUCGUGUUGUCGAGCUGGAGUUAGAGAACAGUCGCCUACGUAGUGUGAACGAGUCUCUCUCUGAAGCUCACAUCAGUCACUCUGUCUUGGAGGAUGAACAAGUGCUGGACAGCAUCGAGGCUUCCUUUCGCAAAUUCCAUGCCUUCCUUGACCUGCUUAGCGAUGCCGGGCUGGGUCAGUUGGCGUCAAUGGCCGGAAUCGAGCAGUUGGAUUUGGGGCUUCUGAAUCGUCCUGAACUUUCUUCUACACAGCAAAGAGGACAUGGACAAGAGACUAGCGAGCAGAAGAAAGACAGCACAGCUAUGAUAACCAACCUUCAAAACCCACCAAGACUUCAAUCCACCAUAUCCUCCUCUGCAGCUUCUGCGGUCUCCAAUCACUCUCGUCGUCUCCAGUCCCCACAGGAAGUGACCCUCACUCCUGCUCCGCUCCACUCCAGCCCUUCACCGUCUCCUCUGAACCACGAGGCACUUCAGGUGCAGCAGUGUCUCUCUCCAACCCAUUCAAACUCGAUCAGGGAGUCUGGCUCCGAUAAACUCGGAGGCAGCCGAGACUCAAAACCAGGCAGUUCGACCAGCAGUGUCCGUAGUGUUCCCAGUAAGCUCUCUUAUUCUUACACAGAGGACUUCUCCGAGGGGAAGCUCUCUCCAGCUCAGAGCUCCAGAUCUUCCACGGUGUCUCAGAUUGGUUCUGAGAGACUCAGUGUCUCCGAGGGCCAGAGGAGUGCUAUUGGAUUGGCUGGUCUCUAGAGAUUGAUCAUGGUUUAAUGUUUAGUGCCAGCAUAUUUGACAUGUUUACAUGAAAUUAUACUAGUUUAUAAGAACCCCAGUGCUCUUAAAUAUUGAGUGAAACGAUAAACAAGAACGGCAGUGCUGAAGAUUAGAGUACCAGUCAAAAGAUUGGACACGCCUACUCAUUCAUAGGUCUUUCUCUCUUGUAGAGCAAUAUGGAAGACAUCAAAACUAUGGAAUAUGUCGUAAACAAAAAAUAAAUUGUUAAAAACAAUUUUGAUAUUUUAGAUUCUUCAAAGUAUCCAGCGUUUACCUUGAUGACGCUUUACACACUAUUGGCAUUAUCUUAAUCAGCUUCAUGAGGUCGUCACCUGGAAUGCUUUUUACAUUAACAAGUGUGCCUCGUCAAAAGUUAAUCAGUGGACGAGUUUCUUAGUUUCGUAAUGCGUUUGAGAUCAAAUCUCAUCUCAUUAUCUGUAGCCGCUUUAUCCUGUUCUACAGGGUCGCAGGCAAGCUGGAGCCUAUCCCAGCUGACUACGGGCGAAAGGCGGGGUACACCC